GAGGAGGAGGCGGCGACGACGACGACGACGCGUAGGCCGCUGCCUUGUGGGCUCUGGGUGGGCUCGUCGCCUCGGCAGGCAGGGAGUCUGGGUGCCCGCCCGGGCAGACAGAGGGCCGGAGAGGCCAGAAAAGCAAUGGCAUUUGCACCUCCUAAAAACCUAGAACGUCCCAAGAUGCAAACCAAGAUGAGCACAUGGACACCCCUGAAUCAUCAGCUCAUGAAUGACAAGGUAUUUGAAGAAAGAAGAAACCUGUUGGGGAAAUGGUUUGACAAAUGGGCCGACAACCAGAGGCGAAGGGUCCUGAUGGACUUCUUAGAGCGCUGCUCCCUCUCGCAGAUGAAGUUCUGCCUCCAGCAGCUCCAGAACCGAGUUCCAGAUGAAGCACUGGAUUUCACCGCCAGGCUCCCCAGGGUCUUGUCCCUGUACAUAUUUUCUUUCCUGGAUCCUCGGAGUCUCUCCCGAUGUGCCCAGGUGAGCUGGCACUGGAAAAACUUGGCAGAACUAGAUCAGCUCUGGAUGCCAAAAUGUCUGCGUUUUGGAUGGUACAUCAAUUUCUCUCCAACCCCGUUUGAGCAAGGAGUCUGGAAGAGGCACUACAUUGAGGUGGUGAAUGAGUUCUGGGUCACCAGGCCUAAGAUCCCUGCAAAAGAGGAAUUUGUGGUGGUCGAUGUUCAACCUAUAACGAAAGAGUUCCUGGAGGGGAAACUGUCCCUGUCCCCAUCAGUCCUCCAGUCAGCAUCUCUGUUAGGAAAGAAGGUGAAUAAGGAGAAGAGAGACCACCCUCCCUGGCGUUCCUCGGAUAAGCAUCCAACAGACACCAUCAGAUUCAAUUACUUGGACAACUUUGAUCCCAUUGAGCAAGCGAGGCAGGCUAGAAAGAAAGGAGGAGGGCUCACCCCAGACCUCAGCCAAUCAGCCUUUCAGAAAAAAAGGACACCAGGCAGUGGAACGUACAAAUUCCGGAAAGCAAAGUCCUUGCAGCCUAGGGCCGAGUUGCCAAGAUCCCAGGAGUGUAGGAAUCAGAUGUCCCUCUCGGCAGACCUUGGCUCACAGCCAAAAGACCCGCUUCGCCCAAGCUGGGCUACUUACCACCCGAAUGGCUAUCCUGUGACCAAAGCGACUGCUAAGGCCCUUGCCCAGAGUGCCCAGUGGAAUGCUGGGAUACGGCCAGCACCUGCCCGGGGGCCAGUCCCAAAGCUGAGCGAGAAGGGGAAGAAGGCCUUUAUGCGAACAAGCAGAAGCUCACCAACAUCACCACUCUUUGAAAGUCAGCCUUGGGAAGUUCCCCCAUCAAACCUUGGAUCUGAUACAGAGCAGGAAGAUGGAGAAAGGAAGAUCUCCAAAGCAAUACCAUUGAAUUAAUCUCCCAAACGGAAAGAUGGUUGCCUUUCAGGCUAUAAACAUAUUCUCUGAGCCACAGCGAGGCUCUUUGAAGAGGGGCUGUUUGGAUGAGGAUUAAGAAUCCUGUGGCUGGUCCAUGGUCCAAGCCUGCAUUUCCAUGGAGAGGCUUACUGGCAGACUGUUGGACAACCUGGAUUUAAAACCACCACUUAAUCAGGAACAUGCCAUACGGCCUUAGAUAAGACACUAUCUUUUAGCCUCAGUUUCCAAGCUGUAAAUGGGAAUGGUGGUGGUCUACCUCAUAGGGUUGUUGUGAAAGUGAAUGUUAUAAGGUUUCUAACA